AUGAGCUCGAAGCAUCAGGUCUUUCAAUUACGAAUUGAAGGGCUUCAGAGAACAGAGGCGUUUGAAAAAGAAUUGGAAUUUUAUUUAGGAAAAAGAUGGAUGAAAAUUUACAUACCAAUUAGGGAAAGUGUAGCUAGGUACCUAAUAAGACUUAAAGAAGUAGAAGACAUAGAUUCAUUACUGUUAAUGGCAUAUAUUUAUCAUCUAUAUAUGGAUCUACUAAGUGAUGGGAUAAUUCUUAGAAAAAAAGGGCUAUUAUACAAAAAAAGUCCAUUUCAAGAUACAUCAAAUGGUGGAAAUAAACUUACAGACUUCGGUGAAUAUAGUAUUUACGAAUUAAAACGUGAAUUGCGUAACACAAUGAAUAGGAUUGCAGAUACUUUAGAUGAAGAAACAAAAAAAAGACUUCUUCAAGAAAGUAAAACUGUUUAUAUGUUGAAUAAUGAAAUUAUUAGGAGUUUCAAAGGCGCAUGUAGAGUGAUUGUCAAGAAAGUUGAAUAUUUUUUUAUUGCUCUUGUCUUUAUCAUCAUCGUCUUCCUCAACUUUAAACAGUAA